AAGUGUUGAAGUGGCGUCCGAGAUCCCCAAGGGCCAAGUCAAGUAACUAUAUAACAAUGUGGAAAGGUCACCUUUUUGGAAUUGUACUUUACCUUAUGAGUCAUCUGGUCUACAGCCAGUGCCCUAAAGAAUGCAAAUGCCUUCGAGAUGGUCAAGUGGACUGUUUCGGAGCAGAUAUUUUUGAGAUCCCACGUUCUAUCCCUCAGAACAUCAAAAACCUUCAGAUAAGAAGCACUGAAGUCACUGAAAUUGAAGAUGGUGUCUUGGAAAACAUGACAUCUCUGUUAAUCUUGAGAAUUGAAAAAAAUGAACUGUUAUCUGUUUUAGCUCCUAAUGCAUUCAACAACCUAAUAUCUCUGAGAUACUUAAGUUUGGCCAGCAAUAAACUGCAAGAAUUGCCUGGAAGUUUAUUUAAAAACCUCGCCAAACUGGAAACUCUCAUUAUAUCAAACAACCUGAUUAGUCAGAUUCACCCAUCACUUUUUGCUCCACUAGUUAACGUGAAGGAGCUCAACUUAUUGGGAAACAAUCUUCGAGUCAUACCAAGAGGAGCCUUUGAUCAGAUGAGUGGACUUUUAAAGCUGAAUUUAGCUAAAAAUAAUCUUACACGUCUACACCUCAAAACUCUGGAAAAAGUCACUAAGCUUCAAGCUUUGAGAGUGUAUGAAAAUCAGCUCAAAGAUAUCCCUGAAGGUUUACUGAAAACACUUACAAGUCUACAAGAAGUUGCACUGCAAAGUAAUCAGAUAAGUCAAAUAUCUGCUGAUAUGUUCUCCAACAACCCUAAUUUACAGAAAAUAUACUUAUCAAAUAACAUGAUCACAUCACUGCCCCGAGGAUUAUUUAUGAAUUUGCCAGAACUCUCUAAACUAACUUUAUUUGAAAAUUCCAUUAAACACAUUUCCACUGGGGUGUUUGGUCCAAUGCCAAAACUAAAGGAACUCUGGUUAUAUGAUAACUUCCUUGAAGAACUUGUGGAUAAUGCCUUCUCCAAUCUAACACAAAUACAAUUGCUAAUUAUAUCCAGAAAUAAAAUCCAGUCCAUCUCUGCAAAUGCCUUCAAUGGCUUAGAUGAGCUCCUGGAGCUUUCACUGCAUACCAAUGCACUAUCCACUUUAAAUGAAGAUGUUCUCCAGGGCAUGCCCAAGUUGCAGAAUAUUUCUCUUCACAGCAAUAAGAUUGAACAUCUUCCUGCAGGGAUGUUUAGAAACUUGGACACGUUAAUGACCAUACAGUUGCAAAACAAUUCUCUAGAGAACCUGCCAGAAGAAUUUUUGGACACUCUAACACAUGUAAAAGAAAUAAGACUGUUCAAUAACCCAUGGAAAUGUGAUGCUCACAUUUUUCCCCUGAAGAACUGGAUUACUCAUAAUCUGAUAAAACUUGGAAACCAAGGCCAGCUUGUGUGUAUAAGUCCUCCCUUCGUAGGUAUGCCCAUAGCUGAGCUAGAUGAAGAAGAACUAUUAUCUUUGGGAUCUACAGUUGCACCAGAAGAGGAACAAACAAUAUCUAUUUAUGAAGAAAGUACUACUGUCCCUGUCACAAAGUUCUGAAGAGCCCAAACAUGUUACCAGUACAACAAUAGCAGAAACAAAAAUAACAGGACAAUCUGGCAACUCUAUGAUGAUGAUAUUUUGGACACCACAGAAUCAGACAUAAUCACUAAAAAUAAAGAACGUGGUGGAAGCAGGCUGGUUGGAGUUGUUGCAGCAAUAAUUGUUUUAUGUUGCGUAGCAACUGUUUGUACAGUUAUUGCAUGUGUACUAUACCAGAGAAAGAAGAAGAACCAUGUUGUACUCAUGAGAAUGAAACAGCAGAAUGAAGCAUGAAGGAAAUUGUUCGUAAUGUUUAAUCACUGGGAAACAUUCUAUAGAAGCACUGUUUUAAGAUUGCUUCAGUAUAUUAGACUUUAUGGAAGGUACCUGAUUCUUGACCCUUGGAUCUUAAAUCAGCCAACAUUACCUAUUUUUCACAUGGCUUAGAAAAUGUACUUUGCACCGAAGUACAAAUAAAUUCCACUUUAGGUUUGUCAAAUAUUCAUUUCAUACCAGUUUCAUAUAAUAAUUUUUAUCAAGCCGUAGAUAAGGAAAGAAGAAGGGCUAACCUCAUUCUCAUCACUGAUGGUACUACCACAGCUUUUUUUCAAAUAGAACAUUUUAAGUACUUUUAUACAACACCUCUAGAAUUUUUUUGGGUGGGCAGGUGUGAUUUUUAUUUUUUUACUUUGGAGUUGUGGUGAUCUUAUUACAUAUUAAUGUAUAUUAGAAGCUGACUGUAUGAAUGUAUAUGCAUUUCUUCAGUUUAAUAAAACUUCCUAGAGGCA